UCAGAAAGUCCGAGCCCCGCCCCCUCUCUGACCUCCCUCACUGAUAGGGUGAGACUCGGGUCACGUGUCAGAGUGCGGUAAGUAGUAAACUCAGCGCGCUGUGUUUCUGAUCUUCUCACUUCGUCUUCUUCUUCUUCUUCUUCAGCAGUUACAGUAGCUGAGGGUCUGAGGAGCUCCAGCAUGCAGCGGCCCGGGCUGAUACUCCUGCUCUCUGCUCUUCUCACCCCGCCGAUCAGCGCGCGACCCCGCAGACUCCGGCCAGAACAGCCGCUCAACAACAGACCCAUUAUAGGUGUUUUGACCCAGGAGGUAACUGACAAAGAAAUGAAGCCAUAUGGAAGCACCUACAUCCCUUCAUCAUAUGUAAAGUACAUUGAGUCAGGUGGAGGCCGGGUGAUGCCUAUUCAGCUAAAUCAAACCAGUGAGGAGCAUGAAAAAAUCUUCAAGUCAAUCAAUGGGCUUCUUCUGAUUGGUGGAGCAUCAGACCUGGAGAAAUCUGAAUUUUCCCACACUGCUCAGAUUUACUUCAGGCUAGCAGUUAAGGCCAAUGAUUUAGGAGACUACUUCCCCAUAUGGGGCACGUGUUUGGGCUUCCAGCUCCUCACUGUUCUGGUGGCUGAAGAAAACCUGCUGAGCAAGACUGUUGCAGAAAAUAUUUCCCUGCCCCUGAACCUCACCUCAGAGGCCUCCUCCAGCCGCAUGUUUGAGGAUUUUCCAGCUGAGCUGAUCAAAGCUCUGACAGAGGAAGCGCUGACUGGGAAUUUCCACCAUUAUGGCGUGACUGAACAGGUGUUUAAGGGAAACCAGAAGCUGAGCAGCUUCUACUCCAUGUUGUCCACCAACAAAGCAGAGAAUGGAGUCAUCUUCGUCUCAACCAUGGAAGGCAAGACGUACCCAUUCUACGGCGUACAGUGGCAUCCAGAGGUGAAUCGGUUCCAGUGGAGCCCUCUCUAUGACUUCCCACAUUCUAGGAAUGCUGUCCGUGUUGCAUCACUACUGGCGGAAUUUUUUGUAAAUGAAGGAAGGAAAAGUUUACACCACUUCACUCAAGUUCAGGAAGAGAACAGAGCACUCAUAUACAACUAUAACCCUAUAUAUGUAGAAAAUUUCACUGCUUAUGAGCAGGUCUAUUUCUUCUGAAGCUAAAACCUAUUCAGUGUCCAACAAAACAAUCCUUCAUUCUCAGGGUUUUACAGACUCAGUGUUGUUUGUGUACUUGUGUGUGUGUGUGUGUGUGUUAUUUCUUUAUUUUUAUUGUACCAAAGAAUAUGGUUCUUUAUUGGGAUAUAUCAAAUUACUUUUAGCACUGGUGACCAGAAGAGGGCAGCAUUUUUCUUGAGAUAGGAAGCAAAGGGUUCCAUCCCUAUCACGCUGAUCUCAGAGACUAUUGACAAAAAUUGAGUUCAGCAGAACUAAAAACCUCAACUGAUAUUAUCUUUAUUUCCACAUUUCCUUUUGGUAUUCAGUUUUAACCUAAAUUAAGCUGCUGACACAGAACCCAAGAUGUGAAUUUCAUUUAGUGGUUUUAAGGUGAAACAUUGCUUACAUUUCAUCAGAAAACUCCCAAAACAUUGUUUAACAUUACAAUAAAUAAUCAUUGUCUAAAGUAAGGAAAUAUAUAUAAAUUUUAAAGUUCAAAACGUCUACAUUUAUAUGGUACUUGACAUGCUAAAACCCCUUUAACCAUUUAUUUUUAACUUUUUUUAAUGAAAAAUGAUUGAUGUCAUACCAGUAGAAAAGCUCCAAAAUGACAAAAUGAAUAAAAUAUUUUCACACUGACUUUCAUUAAAAGUUAAGUAAGUUUUUUCUA